AUGUCUCAUCUCGACCAAGUUGCUUCCCACCGAACCUCGGACACCAUCGAGCAAGGCAAUGGAAACCACCACCACACUGAAGCAAAGUACGGUGGCGGACAGAGCGUUGCCAGAUACCUUACUGCUGGAGGUACUCCUGCCGAUUCUUCCAACCCCGCUUUCCCAGUCUACCACAGAAAGCUCGGAAAUCCAUCUCCUCUAGGUCUAUUGGGAUUCGGCGGAACUACCUUCCUCUUGUCGUUGUACAAUGUGAACACUAGGGGAAUCAAUACCCCCAACGUCAUCCUUGGUCCUGCUCUUGCCUACGGUGGUCUUGCUCAGCUCAUUGCCGGAAUCGAGGAGUGGGUUUGCGGAAACACUUUUGCAGGUACUGCAUUCAGCUCUUAUGGUGCUUUCUGGAUCUCUUUCGCUUGUCUCUACAUACCUCAGUUCAAGAUUGCCGACGCCUAUGCGGUUGCUGGUGAAUUUGACAAUGCCGUCGGUCUCUUCUUGGCAAUGUGGGGAGUCAUCACCUUCAUCUUCUUCCUCGCUUGCUGGAAGUCGUCCAUCGCCCUCUGUGCCCUUUUCGGAUGUCUGGACGUGACAUUCUGGUUACUCACAGCCGCUUUCCUGGCCCCUAAUGCCAAAUGUGGAAUUGCCGGUGGGGCUAUGGGAAUUGUCACUGCUUUCAUCGCUUUCUACAUUGCUCUCGCUGGAAUGCUCACACCCGAUACGAGCUACUACACUUUGCCAACAGGAGACCUGUCUCGAGCCAAGAAGAAUGAGUAA